AUGACAAGAAAGAAACGGUGUUUGUCUUUCAGUGUUUUACUAUGCCUUUUUAGCGGCGUCUACAUCUUGUGGCAUAUUAUCUGGAACUUAUUGUCUCGAAAUAUGCCUGCAGAUCUGGAUAUUUCUCUGCUACAAGAACUGCACUAUGCUAAGAAGCUCACCCUUACUGGUCAGAAUGAACCCCUGCAUCAGUAUGGCUACCACAUUGUUAACAGUUAUGCUAAUAGACCGGGUAGGCAUAUUCCUGACACCCGCCAUCCCAGUUGCCAUUCUAAUACAUCACAUAUGCUUAAGAAAUUGCCGUCUGCAAGUAUUAUCAUCACCUUUCAUCAGGUUGAUCAGUCAGUUCUUCUCAGAAACAUUGCCAGUAUUCUUGUGAGGUCCAGACCAGCUGUUAUUCAUGAAAUCAUUAUUGUUGAAGAUGGAACAUCUCCUGAUGGAGAGAGCCAGUUUCUCACUCAGAUCCCUGGAAUUAAAGUUUUUCGGAAUAAAGAAUCUCAAGGAAGGGGUGUGGCACGAACUCAGGCUGCAGCUCGAGCCACAGGAGAUGUUCUUGUGUUCGUAGAUGGUUUGACUGAAGUGAAUGUUGACUGGCUGUCUCCUUUACUACUAAGACUUAUGGAAAGCCCAAGGAAUUUAGUGGCUCCAGUUUUAGACAGCAUCGACCAUAUGACAUUUGAGUAUGCUCCUGUAUCCACAUUGUUCCGAGGAGGUUUUGACUGGAGUCUGCAGUACCACUGGGAAGACAUCCCGAUAAGCUACAUGGCCAGGCCACAUCCAAUGACACCUGUAAGGUCUCCUGUUAUUUCUGGCAGUGUACUGGCAAUGAGAAGGGAUUUUUUUAACUGGCUGGGAAAGUAUGACCAGACCCAAGGGGCUAAAGAGACGGAGGAUAUAGAGCUGUCUCUUCGAGCCUGGCUAUGUGGAGGGCAGGUAGAAAUUGUUCCAUGCAGUAAAGUUGGAGUUAUUCAUUUCAAGAAAGGGCAAAUGGGAGUGCCUCAAGUUUCAUUCAGUGCCUACAUUAGGAGUGCUCGUCAAGUGGCAGAAAUUUGGUUGGAUGAUUACAAAAGAUUCUUUUUUGCUGUCCGGCCAUCUGCCAGGAUGCAGCCAAAAGCAGAUAUCACCCUUCAGCGUAAACUGAAAGAAAAGUUGAAAUGUCGAAACUUCAAGUGGUACCUGACGUUUAUUUAUCCCCAGCUACAACCAUUGAUUUCUGAUGAAGUUGCUUAUGGUCACAUCCAACAAGGCAACAGCUGCAUUGAUUUCGAUCCUGGUCAACUUCCGAUUGUAGCCAAGCUCCGAAAUUGUGAAGAUGACAAAGACUCACAGGAAUGGUCUUGGAGAAAGAAAGGUGUGAUUGUUUCAAGUGGUAUGUGUCUGACCUCUGACCUCAUGAAUACACAGGGUUUUGUGGUAGUGCAGUUUUGUAAUGAUAUGGAGAAUCAGCUGUGGUAUCGACAUGAUAUGAAAAUAGUCCAUCAAGAAACCAACCUCUGCCUGGAUGGACGACAAGCCAACACUGGACUUCUGAUCUCUGAUUGCAUCAAGGACAGUGCUAGUCAGAUGUGGUACAUUUCUAAUGAGAAACUCUUCAACAAUCCUGAACUGGCUUACUUAAAUUUUGACAAUGAUAAUGAUCAUGGGGACGUUCAUGAUGAUCAGCUGUGA